CUCCCGUGCGCUGCGCCCCCAAUUCCCACUCCCCCCCCCCCCCCACGCGCACAGCGACGCCGAGAGGGAGAGGAAGCGACAGCCAGCAGCCAGGAAGGAAGGCAUGGCCACUUCAUCCAGUGGCGACGACUCGCCCCACGCCUCCUCGGACCUCGUGCCACCCUCCUACCCCGAGAUGAUCGUGGCGGCGAUCGCGUCGCUGGCGGAGGAGAACGGUUCCAGCCAGGCCGCCAUCGCGCGCCGCAUCGAGGCGGAGGCCCGCGGCGACCUCCCGGCCUCGCACCCGGCGCUUGUCGCCGCCCACCUCUCACGCAUGUCCGCCGCCGGGGAGCUGGUCGCCGUCGCGGGGGGGAAGUACGCGCUGCCCCCGCCCCCGCCCCCGCCCCCACCGGCGGCGCCGGACUCCCCCGCCGAAGACGACGACUGCCCCGAUGAGGAGGCGCCGCUGCCGGUGCCACAGCCGCCCGCCAAGCGCGGGCGCGGCAGGCCCCCGAAGGCGCGCCCCCCGGGCUUCCCCGCUGCCGGGUCGGGAGCUGCCCUCCCCGCCCCCUUCGGCGUGCCUGGCGCCGCCGACUCCCCCGCCGCCGCGCCGCGCCGGCGGGGCCGCCCGCCCAAGCCGCGGGACCCGCACGCGCCGCCCAAGAUCCCGCGCCCACGGGGGCGGCCGCGCAAGAACCCGCUCCCGGAGGGGAUGAUGGCGCCGCGGCCGCGCCCCGGCGCGCCGACGACGGCUAAACCGCGCCCGCAGUUCGCCGAGGUCGGCUUCGUGUGAUGAGCUCUCGCCAGCCGGGGCGGCGGAGAGCAAGCGCUAGCUAACAUUUUGCCCUUGUUCCAGCUGCGGUCUGAUGUGGGGUUUCUCAGUUCGUGUUGUUGUCUAAUCCGGGGAGCGUGUAGGGGCAGGAGUCUGAGUCGAGGCGGGGCGGCAGCGGUGGUGGCCGGCGGUGUGUUGUGUGGUUCGUAGUGUUGCUACCUACUCUUGGUGGUGGCCGGAGGGUUUGGCUCCGGCGGUGUAUCUUGUAUCUCCUUGUCGCGCUCGCGCAAUGCAAUGCAGUUAGUCUGAUCGUUUCAUUU